CACCCAACCCACCAAUCCGCCGGCUCUUGGAUUCCCCCCGCGGCGCCCCACCUUUUCCUCCGCCCUCGCCGCGCGGCGCGUGUCACGCCCAGCCGCCAUGGCGAUCGACCACGACUCCCCCUGCAAGGAGCUCCUCCCCAAGGACCGCCGCAGCAUGGACGAUGACGGCGCUGAACCGGAGGAGGAGGAGGAGCUGGAGGAGGUUGAGGAGGAUGAGGAGGUUGCGGAGGUGGAGGAGGAGGAGGCUGAGGAGGACGAGAAGUCUGCGGAGGAGGUGGAGGAGCAGGAGCAGGUAGCGUCGGCGGACGGCGAGCGGUGGCCUCGGUGGCUGCGCCCCAUGAUGUCCGCGCGCUUCUACACGCCGUGCAAGACGCACCCUGACUCGCGCCGGGGCGGCGUGCGCACCAUGUUCUGCCUCGACUGCGCCGCCGUCGCCGGCGCGCUCUGCUCCCUGUGCGCCGACCAUGGCCACCGCGGCCACCACGUCAUCCGGGUCCGCCGCUCCACCUACAGCAGCGUGCUCAUCGUGUCGGACGUCCAGGGCCUCCUGGACGUCGACGGCGUGCAGACCUACGUCAUCAACGGCGCGCGCGUCGUCUUCCUCAGAGAGCGCGGCCCGCAGCAGAGGCACGCCCGCAGCGCCUGGAGCUUCGUCAACCAGUGCGGCUGUGGCCGCGGCCUGCUCGAGGCCUUCCGCUUCUGCUCGCUCAGCUGCAAGUUCCCUGGCUGCCGCCACGACCGCAGCGCCUCCUCCCCUUCCUCCCCGCCGCGCAAUGCCGCCGACCAGACCUCGACGCCACCACCGCCGCCGCCUGCACACCGGCGCAAGGGCAUCCCGCACCGGGCACCGUUCGGCAACCUGGUCGUCUGACUCCACCCAGGGUUGCAGUGAAGUUUUGACAGGGAGAAGAGAUUACUGAGUAGCCUUUGCCAUCAUUAGGACUGAAAAUCUUCUGCAGCUAAGUUAUGCAGAUGAUCCUGCUGUGCAACUACUGGUAAUGUUCUUAACUUUUUUGAUGAUGUCCUGAGAAAAAAUUGGAUGACAUGAGAAACUAGUCUAAUAGUAUGACCAGCCAGGUAACAAUGCAAUAGUUUUGUGGUGGCC